AUCGGUAGAUAGCAGCACUAGUGUUAUGUUGCCAUGUUUUGUAAUAAUUUAAAAUAUUUUUUGUGACUUUAUCAUGUGAUUUAGUGAACUGUUAAAGCGAAGAAUGAUUAAAAAGAUCACGUUUAAAAUUCUUGAAAGGAAUAAUUUAGGAUAGUAUUUAAUAUGGAUUUUUAAGUUGGUUGGACGCUACGAACAAUGGCAACGCUGGUUCUACUUAGUUGCGAGUUGCCAUGUUGUUGCGUUUUAGGGGUGUGCUACACCAUCAAAAUAAAAUUAUUUAUUUAAUUUGAAAGUAAUAAGCGGAAGUUUGUGAGAAUUAUACAGUUUCAUACAAGUUAGUUUACAUAUUUAACUGUUAGUGUUACUUUUAAGCUGUCGGGAAGUGAGAAUUUAACACACGUGGAGUGGAAAACAGCAAUAAAGGUGAAUGAUCCAAAUACCUACAUGUGGGCCUGAAAACAGUAUUUUUAGGAGUUUAACCAUAUGAGUGAUUUAUUGUUAGGCAUUAAUAUAACCUAAAUUUGGUUUAAUUUAUGAAUGUGCUAUGUGUGCACACUUGUUAUUGUUUUGCUCAGUGGUGCUUCAGAGUUUUUUCUUGUGUACAGUGAAGUGCUGUGACUGUCUUGUCGUCAAUCGAGAGCGAUCAGUCCAUUUCAGGAGACGAGGGGAGUGAACUUUGAUAUAUUCAAUCGUGUUUAGCUUGCGGCUUUUCAGUUCAUAAUUAAUUAAAAAUGUUUAUACCAUGCGGCCUAACCAAUAUACCCCAAUCGUGCUACAAUAUUUCCUGAAGACUCAAGAGUAUCCUGUAGUCGAAGAAUGUUGUGCUCGUCAGAUUGACUGGUUGUUGUUUUUCUAUCUUCGUCUCUCUCGAAACGGAAGUGCCUGUGUCUGUGAAAGCAUAAUAUCGGCUGGCCUUGGAAAGCGGGAGGUUAGUGGCCUUAAGCACGCGGGAUUGUUUACCCAGUGACAGCAUGGGAGCUGGUUGUUAUUAAGUUGGAUUAUUAUAUGUUAACCCCGGCUGCAUCAUACAAUCAGCCGUGGGUUGAGAAAAACAAAGAAAACCAGAAUCAUUUUUCUCCAAUUUCUACUGUCCAUGGCGUGGCACAAGCAAGAACACGUAAUGCUCAUGGAUAAAAAUAAACCAAAAAUGCCAGCAACUCCUGGCGGAGGAGGAGACAUGACUCUUACUCAAAGACGACAUAUUCCUCUAUAUGGCCGAUUGGUAGCUGAAGAUACUUUAGGAAUUCCACCCAUGACUAACUCAUCAUCUACUGACAUUCAGGCAAUGCAGGCGAGAAUACCACCUACCUUUAGGGAUUCUUCUUCAGCUCCCCUUAGGAAACUUAGCGUUGAUUUAAUUAAGACUUAUAAACAUAUUAACGAAGUAUACUAUGCUAAAAAGAAACGAAGGGCAGCCCAAAUCCUAGGUGAAGACACUUCUCAUAAAAAAGAAAGGAAGAUUUACAAUGAUGGUUAUGAUGAUGAUAACCAUGAUUACAUAGUGAAAAAUGGUGAAAAGUUCCUGGAGAGAUACGAAAUUGAUUCUCUCAUUGGCAAAGGUUCUUUUGGUCAAGUCGUCAAGGCAUUUGAUCAUGUAGAAAAAUGCCAUGUGGCUAUAAAGAUUAUAAAGAAUAAGAAACCUUUCCUUAACCAGGCUCAAAUCGAAGUUAAGUUAUUAGAAAUGAUGAAUAGAGCUGACGUUGAGAAUAAAUAUUAUAUAGUUAAAUUAAAAAGACAUUUCAUGUGGAGGAAUCAUUUAUGUCUUGUAUUUGAACUUCUAUCGUAUAACUUGUAUGAUUUACUUCGAAACACCAACUUUCGUGGUGUAUCAUUGAAUCUCACUAGAAAAUUUGCCCAGCAGCUUUGUACAGCCUUACUUUUUCUUUCUACUCCUGAACUGAAUAUUAUACACUGCGACCUUAAACCCGAAAAUAUACUGCUAUGCAAUCCGAAAAGGUCAGCUAUUAAAAUCGUUGACUUUGGAAGUUCUUGCCAAUUGGGUUCAAGAAUAUACCAAUAUAUUCAAUCGAGAUUUUAUAGAUCACCUGAAGUACUCUUAGGAAUUCCAUAUGAUUUAGCUAUAGAUAUGUGGUCUUUGGGAUGCAUUCUGGUAGAAAUGCAUACAGGGGAACCUUUAUUUAGUGGUGCCAAUGAAAUUGAUCAGAUGAACAAAAUCGUCGAGGUUCUGGGUAUGCCACCUAAACAUCUUUUAGAUCAUAGUAAUAAAACUCGAAAAUUUUUUGAAAAAAUUCAAGGAGAGAGAAGGUACAUACUGAAGAAAAAUAAAGAUGGAAAAAAAUAUAAAAUACCAGGUACUAGAAGACUUCACGAUAUCUUAGGAGUUGAGACGGGAGGUCCAGGUGGUAGAAGAACAGGUGAAAUUGGACACACCAUGUCUGAUUAUCUCAAGUUUAAGGAUCUAAUUCUACGCAUGCUGGAAUAUGAUCCUAAAACAAGAAUUACACCAUAUUAUGCUUUGCAGCACAAUUUUUUUAAGCGUACUACAGACGAGAGCACUAACACGGCAAAUAGUACGAGUUCUAGUCCCGCAGUCGCUUCUUUGGAUAUGUCGUCUCUGACGAAUUCAGGUAGUCAGCAUGGAUUAAACUUGGUAGGACGUUCUAAAGAUUUCUCCGAGCAAAAUUAUAUAUCAUCCGCCUACACAUCAAUGGAAUGUGAUAUGUCGCCAUCUCGGUACAUCCAUCGACAGCGGUUUCAAUCCUCUAUGUUGAACCACGGCCCUCCAUCCCUACAAUAUGUACCCUACCCAACAAAUAGAAUGGAAAGCACGCCCCCUAAGCACAACCCCCCAAACAAGACUAACGAACAAGAAGACAGUUCUAUGGUUUGUGUUCAACAUAGUCCAGUGGCUAUACAUUGAGAUUCUACGUCUUUUCGGCCUUUUAUAUUAAUAAAAAGAACUUGAAAAUACUAACUAGAAGAGUAAUUCAAUUACUUAUUGUGAUUUGUGAUUUUUGAAAUGACUGAUUAUUGAUCAAUUGACAUUUUCCAAUUAGGCAAUAUACGUGUUAAGUGUUGUUCAUGUCGAUUUAAUAUGAAAAAGAGAAGACGAGAUUGCAAAAUGAACUGUUCGCUAGAAAGUGACAGCAACAGACAUCAGCUUGAAAGUGCUUGCUCUUUUGGCAUUCAGCAAAGCUAAAACCUGUAUGUGUUUUAUUAUACAAAAAGAUUUUAUUACAUCAUUUAAGUCAGUCAAAUGAAGAGUAAUUUUUGAGGAUUAUUCGAAUAUAUUCAUAAUUAUACUUCCUAUACAUUCUUUACCGAAUCUUUAAGAUCCCUAUUUAUAUAAAAAAAUAAAGUUGCCUACGGGUGAGCGAAAUUCGUAUCGUUUUUUAUUGUUAGUAAGAAUUGGUCAGCACUAAAGUAGAUUGUACUCUAUUUUCAAAUCUAAAGCAUAUCAUUUUAUUUAAGGGUGGGGAAAAAUUGCGAGAAAAUGUAUUUAAAUUUACAUUUUUUAUGGUAAAAUAGAGGCUUCAAGGAAUUAUUUUAAUAAAUUGUAAAAUGUUGUUUGCUACUUCUAUUUUAGUGUGCUUUCGAUUAUAAUUUUUUAUAUUGUAUAGGCUUUCACGGAUUUCUCUUCUUAGUUUAACAUUUCUUUUCACAUUUUGCGGUCUUGGCUCUUCUAACCCCGCUCAUAUUACUGAUUGUCAUGAUGUCAUCACAUACAUUCUUCCACCAAUGUUGACGUUAGCUCGGGAGGGAUAGUUCUUUGGGACAAAACUUGGUAAUUUCGAAAAAAUAUCCCUGCCACAUGCUUCAUGUUUAAAAUGUUGGAAGAAAUUGCUUAGCAUGAAUUAACCGAAAUUGCCACACUAUCAAAAACUUCACUAAUAGUAAUUCCACAGUUAUCUAUAAUUUAUUCUUUCUUCACUACCUUCUUACCAAUUGUUGACUUGUGAAAAAGUUGAUAGCAUUUUUUUCUGUUUUUCCUAUAUUUUUAAAUUUAUUCAUAGAUUAUUUACAUUCAUUGCUAAAAAAAUAAAGGAAACAAUUCCAUGAUCUUAUUCCAUUUACUACUUAAACAAUUUUUUUACCCAAAUGCUUUAUUGUGGUUCUCAAAUUUUAUUUGCUGGGAUUGAAAGAGAUGAACAUUAUAAAGAUCAGAUUUGCAAACUUAUUGCUUCUAAGAACGUAGCUUCAUCAAUCUAAAUUAAACAAUUUUAAAAACAAAAAUAAUUGACAAUUUUAUAUAAAAAAAAUGUCUUAAUCGUGAAAAUACUUUUUUGGAAUAUUAGUAAGAGUACUUUUGAUCAGUAUUGGCCAGUUCUCCUGUCAAAAAAUUAGCCACGCAUUCUUUAUAUACAUCUUGUACAUACGUUUGAAUCAACUCUAAAACAUAAGUGAUCUUUUUUUGAUGAAUGUAGGUAUUUUUAAAUUCAGCAUUCAGUUCUAUAAUAUUUUUUUACAUUGACACAUGUUUUGUACAUAGUUUUCAAAGUUGUACUGAACAUAAUAGAUUUAAAAUUUUAUGUCAUUGAUAAUUUUGUAAAAAAAUAUACUAAAAAACACAAACUUUUUAUUCCAAUUAUACACGUUAUAAAACAGGUACAAAAAUCCUUUGUUUAUUUGAAAUGCGUGUUUUAUGACGGAAUUAAUCAUGUUUAUAGUAAUUUGUUUUUGAGAACUAAGUUACUUUUGUAUACGAAGGCUUGGAGCAACACAUAACAUACAAGUCAGUGCUCUAAAACAUUUCUCCUAAAAUGAAUCAGAUGGAGUAAAUCAUAAGAAACGAUUACAAUCCAUCUGAUACCUUUUAUGAUGAAUAUUUUAGGAAACAGACUGUAACUAAUUUUUUUGUUUUGACACCAGAAAUGAAGUAUUAAUACAAAAUAUUGUGUCAGAGUAGUAAAUGGUUAGGUUUUAGCCAAAUUAUGUUAAUAAAAGAUAUUGAUAGAA